UCACACCCCACCCCUCGCUUAUCCCUCAUGUUCAACGCCCUCCUUACUCCUCUCCCCCUCCCAUGCUCUCCUAAGGCUCUGACUCUGUUUUUUCUCUGCCUCCAUAUCCUUCCAGCUAGUUGCAUAUUUUUAUGAUCGUCGGCUUUUCAUUUCUAUAAAACCUAUUUUCUUUUCUUUUCUUUUUGUUUUUAUCAUCCUUCUCGUACCUUACCCUUAUGGCGAGGAUUGUGUGCCACCAGGGCCUACAGUCACGUCUCGAGUCCCAGCUAGUCGAGCCAAGAGCACUGAGGCUCAAGUUAACUUCAGCAAGACCUCACUUCAGUCAGCCUCGCGAGUUUGCCUUUGAAUCGUGUUGCUUUGAUUCUAACAUCAAAGAGGUUGAGGGGAAAUGCUGUUAUGAUGAAGAAGUUAGCAAGAAAACUGAUUCUCUUCAUGAUAAGCAUACUUCCUCAAGUCCUGACUCGGGUGGCUGGAGCUUCCUACAAGCUCUCUCCACCUGCUCCCAAUCCUCAAAAGAGAUUGUAGAGAAAGAAAACACUUAUGUUCAUCCUUUAGUCAAGCGUUCUCUGUCCACACUAAGUGAGAAGAGCUUGGAACUAUGCACUGAGAACUUGGGUAAUGAGACAGGCAGCGACAUCCUUGAGGACAGCAUUUUCGUAUUGACUUCAUCAGAUUCUGAAGGCGGAAAUUCUCCAACAAGGAAGCAACACAAACCCCGUCAACCGCUUGGAGCUAAGAAAGCAACUUCUCGAAAUUUUCCACCUCCUCUGACAACGAUAAGUGGAUCGGAAUCUCUUCAUGUGAGGCCCCACCGUGAAGACGGGAGGUUAGUAAUCAAAGCUGUCAAGGCCCCAUCAGCAAACACUCUUUUUCAAGCUGAACGAAGCAAUGGCCGCCUUCGACUGUGCCUUUUGAAAGAUUCUACUUCAAGUUUUGACUACGAAGAAGCAAUAGCCGACAAUGAAUGUGAAGGAAGCAGUGAAGACAAUAAAGAAGAAGAGUUUGAAAACGAUAGCAACUGUGAAGCCGAAGAAGAAGAAGAAGAAGAGGAAGAGGCAGAGGAAGAGGAAUACAGUGGAUACAUGGAGGAGGGUAUGGAUGGCAAAAGGGCGGACGUCGGCGCUGAAAUGGGAUUGAAAAAGUUCCAAGGUCCUGGCAGAGGGAGGUGCAAAGAAGGUGAACAUGAGAAGAAAGAUUGUUAAAUUGGGAGCCUUUUGGGUGGCUACAUCCUAAAGUUUUAUUUUGGAUCUCUGUCUCCAUAAUCAAAUUCCCACAAUUUUUAGUUUGUCCUCCACCCUUUUUGUCUCCCCCCUUUUUUUCCUAUUGAAUUUCUCUGUUUCGACUUUCAAGGA